AUGUGUGGAAUAUUUGCCAUUUUUCAUCGUGGAUGUAAUUUGCGGUUUGACGUCCUGAAAGCUCGGGAACUUUCUAAGAGGCAGGCUUAUCGAGGACCGGACUUCAGCGGUUUCUAUUGCGAUGAAUCCACAGGUGACAUUUUAUGCCAUGAACGUCUUGCAAUCGUUGACCUCUCUAUCACUCAGCCGAUUAUGGGUACAGGCGCCAGGCAUCAGGUAAUCCAUAAUGGAGAGAUCUACAAUCACGAAAGUCUAAGAAAAAAUGAAUUAAAGGGGAUACCACUUCGCACAAAAUGCGACUCCGAGGUGAUCAUUUUUCUCUAUGAGAAGUUUCGAGAGGGCUCGAUGUGCAAUCUUCUCGAUGGUGUUUUCGCAUUCGCACUUUGCUUUGAUGGUGAAUUCCUGGCAGCAAGAGAUCCUAUCGGUGUGAAGCAAAUGUACUAUGGCAUCGACAAGCACGGCCGAUACUUUUUCAGUGAUGCUGAACCUGUUGUUGAUGAUUACGAUAUUAAGAUGUUCGUACUCACUUGUACAUCAACGUUCAAGAAUCAGGAGCAUUUUUCACCGAUAUCAGUUUGUAACACUCAGGAGGCAUGUCUAAUUGAAGUUAAAGAUUACAAACGUGCGCUUAGCCUCACCAGUGGUGAUUUAUUGUAA